UCAAGCAUUACUCGACAUUUUAAGAUGGAGUUUCUUGAGGACAGCGCCCUACACCGGGAGUAUAUAACUAGCAGCAGGAGAGCAGCCACCACAAUUUCUCACACACACUGACGACAACAUGGUCGCCAUACAGAUUACAGCGGUUGCUCUGCUGGCCUCCUUCAUGGUUGCAGCCGCACAUGUAACCAGUGCCCGCAGCCUUGGUUCUGACGGCCAUAUUACAAAGGUGGUCGGAGUGGACGUUGUAGCGGGUCGUAGCGGUGGCUUCAACACUGGUACAAGUCGUGGGGUUGGCGGGGCGUUUGUCGCUGGACCUGGAGUAGGCUUCAGGGGUGUGACUGUGGGAGACGGUCAAGGUGGGGGACUUGUGGCUGUGGGAGACGGUCGAGGUGGGGGACUUGUCGCUGUGGGAGACGGUCAAGGUAGGAGACUUGUCGCUGGAUCUGGAGGAGGUUUCGGGGGUGUGGCUGUGGGAGACGGUCGAAGUGGGGGACUUGUCGCUGUGGGAGGCGUAAAAACUGGCAUCAGAAGGGACGGUCUUGCAGUGGGUGCUGUCAAGAGUAGUUUUGGAGGUACAGGUUUAAGGGGUGGCCAAAGAGGCACAGCUUUAGGAGGUGGGUUUGCUGGCGCAGUUGUAGGAAAAAGUCUGGGAAGCUCAGCUGCAAGUAGCGGGUUUGGAACUGUUAUUAAAGAUGGAUUUGGCGGUGCAAGUAUUGCAGGCGGCUAUGGAAGUUCAACCGGCGGAGGUGGUUUUGGAGGCGGAGCUGUGAAACAUGGGUUUGGCGGUGCAGGUUUUGGAGGUGGCUUUGGUGGUUCAACUACAGGUGGCGGUUUUGGAGGUGGUGCUGUAAAGGAAGAUUUAGGAGGUGUAGCUGUUGCAGGAAGAUUCAAAGGAGGCUAUGUAAGCAGCGUGGCUGGUGGUACUGCCCACUGUCUCCAUCGCUGCUAGACUUGGUACUCCACAGUGCUGACAGAACGGACUCCGUGUCACCGCCCAAGAUAUUUCCAGCCGGUCUUCCUAAUUUAUUUUUUUUGAGAAAUCUCGAAUCUAAUACCAUAAAUGAUCCUAAAUUGUGACAUACAAGAAACUGAAAAACUUGUGAAUUAUUAUAUAAAGUUUAUCAAGGAACUGAUAAUAAAUGAACAAUUCAUAUAAAAACGAAAGUUGGUCUUCAUUAUGUGGUAUAAUUGACCUGAAGCGCCACUCUUAACUUAUCAAUUAUGUUCUUAUUAAUAUACGUAUGACUGUGGAUCAAUCAUCUAAAUAUUGCUCUCCAGAAUGUGGAUUAUUUGUGUACAUUAUAAUGGUGCACCUGCUAAAAAAUGUAUUAACAUUGUGUUAUUAUAAAUCUGAGUGCUGAUUAUUAUUGUCUGUUAGUUUUUUUGGGUGUUAUUAACAUAAUGUAGCAUCUUUGUUAACAAAUAUAUUCUGCCCUUUUACCUUUAAUUUCUACAAAAAUUAUGACUGAAAUAACAGAGUUUAAUAUUAAGGUCAUUAUUGUGAAAAUCUUAGCCUAUAAAGCCUCUGUCAUAUGCUUUAAUUAUUGAAAUA